UCUUAAACUAAGUGCGCCAUAAAACCCUCAGUUACGUCCUCAAGUCAUCCUUACUGAUUAUAAAUAGCAGCCAUAAUGAAUGAAUAACGUGAGAGAAGGCGGAAUUGCUUCAGAUCGCGUGCCAAAAAUGCUGAAUUGUGCAAAAAAUAGUGUUGGUUAAUAUCGGCGCGAAAAAAACCGACAGGUAAUAAAAACGGAUUUGGUAACCAUGUUUAUCAAUGAAAAGGAAGAAACGUUAUAUUGGAUGUAGCAGUGCUCGAGCAUCAUUGUAAUUAUUAACCUUUCAGCUGGUGCGGCCUUCCUUCAUACAUGCAAACGAAUGCAUUCGUCGGCUUUUCACCUUUCCAACUAGAAUGCUUAAGAAUGGUCAUUUCUUGUAAACUAUGGAUUUUCAGGAUUCCUUAAAUUUAAAGUUUCAGGCAGUGACAUCAACACACCCGGGAACAGAAACCAGAAUGAUGCGAGUUUUCACCUUUAUCCUGUGGCUGUGUACACGCACAACCCAAACAAAUACAAAAGAUUUUGUUGGGGUUUUAGCCGGUAUGAAAGACCUCACCGUUUUCGCAGACGGCCGUCUUGUUGGCCACAACAAUGGCAUCUGGGACGUCGCGAGGUUGAUUUCCUUUUCUAGCGAAACGAAAAUCAUUGCCGUCUCCGUUUACAACGAACCAGAAUAUUUGACUGGAUUCCUCGGAGUGUUCAGUAACGGAGUGGUCACGGAUAGAAGCUGGAAAUGCAUAAACACCAACAGCCCAGGAAAGGGAUGGGAGCAAACCAAUUUCAAUGACGAUGCAUGGCCGCACGCCUACAUGAGUUACAAUAACAGCGUAAGAAGAGCGUAUGGAAUCCCAUCAAGUAUUUACUGGAUUAAUCCGGUAAUUGAUAAUGCGAUCAGAUUUUUCUGUAGACGUCGCUUUAGUAAGGAGGAAAGAAAUAGCACCAACAGUAAGUAUCAAUGAAAAUCUUUGAACUUUUUCGAUUGCGUUUGUUUCUGCAUCGUGCUACUCGCAAAUUAAGCGCGUGAUUUAUCUUUAUAAAAUUAGGUCUAGUCCAAUUCACUAGCGUCGCUCUCAAUUUUUUAACAACGAUUUCCAUUAAUUCUGAAAAAGGUUCACUUUCAAACGAAAUUUUUCUCAGCUCUUUCCUUAGUUUUUCUAUCUGCUCUUGGCCUCAUUCACUUUUUUGUUACAUUGGUUUCGUUUCUACGGCUGGAAAAGGAAAGUAAAGCAACGGAGAAUCACAUAUACUUGAUAUUUUGAUAGUAUUUGUGCGCUUCAAGCGGAAAUGCGUUGACGAUUUCCUCUGACGCGCCGAGACUGAGAUCUCUUAAUAACUGAAGAAGCAUUGUUCAGUAAGAAUUGAGCUGCAAGCGUCGCAGUGGAUGACUUUGCUCUCGCGACUAGAAUUUAAGUCAAACUGAUUUUACGGCUCACGUUUUCUAGAAGUAAUUUACACACAACUCUCUUGGUUAUUAGUUUAAUAUUCGAUGAGGCGUCUUGAAACUAUAUUGCGCCAUGAUUUUAAUGUACUCGCCAAUAAACAAGCAACAGCCCUCCUUUAGCGCGAAAAUAUGCUCAGAUAUUUGCCCGCAGACUUUAUCUCCUGUUCCGAGAGGCAAACAAUUUACGCUCUCGGAAAACUGCGAAACGUGACGCGUCUAAAUCAAUAGUUGAUGGAUUAUAAUUUCUGUUAUUGACGCGUGGAUUGCGUCAGUCCCACAGUCGCUCCCAACUGAUUGAUCUA